AUGGUUGUAUAUGAGCCUACGAAGCCCCAAGAAAACUGCAAGAGUAGAGAAGACACGAACAUGUCAGCCGAGGAAGUCGUGCAAGGAAGAAUUCACAAUUCAGCAAAAGCAACCGUUGCCUUCCAUUCUAUGGGUUCCCUGCUGAUACCGCUGGUGAGCAGCAUGGCCGCCAAGGCCGGCGACGCGCUGGUGCGUGAGCUGAUGCGGGCGUGGGGGCUGGAUAAGGCCCGCCAGAAGCUAGAGCGCCACCUCGCCGCCGUCCAGUGCAUCCUGCUGGACGCCGAGGCCAAGAGCCGCACCAACCCCGCCGUCCGCCGAUGGGUCAAGGACCUCAAGACCGCCGCCUACCAGGCCGACGACGUCCUCGACGGCUUCCGCUAUGAGGCGCUGCGCCGCCUGAGCUACUUCACCACCAAUAGCCCGGUUGUUUUCCGUCUCUCCAUGAGCAGGAAGAUGAAUGAUGCCCUUGAAAUCAUAGAUGACCUGGUGGUGGAGAUGAACACAUUUCAGUUCUUACAACAUGUCGGUGCACCGAGCAUUGAUCACCCGCAAACACACUCGCAUGUCAUUGAAUCAGAGAUUAUCGGUAGAGAAGAUCACAGGGAACAACUAGUGAAGAUGUUGCUCAACCACAACAAUAGUAAUGUCAUGGUGCUUCCCAUAGUUGGUAUGGGGGGAAUUGGUAAGACCACCCUUGCCCAACUUGUACACAAUGAUCAGAGGGUGAAGCAUCAUUUUGAGUUGGUCAUAUGGGUCUGUGUCUCUAACAAGUUCAUUAUCAAAGAAAUAGUCCGAUCUGUAGUAGAAGUGGCCACCAUGAAGAAAUGUGAUUUGACUCAGAUGGAAGCACUGCAGAAGGAACUUAGUCUGGUGUUGGCCAAGAAAAUGUACCUCCUAGUGCUGGAUGAUGUUUGGAAUGAAGAUAGGCACAAGUGGGAUGAUAUGAGAUCAUUGCUAUGCUCACAUGCUGGCCCACGCAGUGCUAUAAUUGUGACAAGCCGCAGCGAUCAAGUUGCUUCUAUCAUGGGCACACAUCCUCCACAUCAUAUAUCCCUUCUCAAUGAGGAUCAGUCAUGGGAGCUUUUUCAGAGAAACGUGUUUGGAAGGGAAGCGGAAAAGCAAGAGGAAUUGAUUUCAGUUGCAAAAAACAUUGCCCACAAGUGUAAGGGGUUGCCUCUUGCUAUCAAGACCAUAGCAGCUUUACUUCGUUCAAAGCAUCACAAUCAGUGGUUUUCUGUUCUGGAUAGUGAUGUCUGGAAAUACGACAUCCUCACAUCUACUGCUAUUGUACCUGCACUACAGCUAAGUUAUGAUCACUUGUCAUCCGAAGCAAAAAUAUGCUUUUCCUUUUGUGCUCUUUUCCCCAAGGAUAACCCAAUGGACAAAAAUAUGUUAAUCCAGCUAUGGAUGGCAAAUGAAUUUAUUGCAUCAGAAACAAGAGGCCAACAAAUCUUUGAUGUGUUAGUAUGGAGAUGUUUUCUUCAAUUAGAUGUGGAGAUUCCAGAGCAUCUACUCUCCGGAUUUGGAGACAAGUUCAUCCACCGACCAAUUACGUGCAAGAUGCAUGAUCUCAUGCAUGAUCUUGCUGACUCCGUAAUCGGAAAUGAUUGCUCCAGUAUACAAGAGUCUUCACUAUGUGAAGAAAUUUUGCAAGGAUCCACAUAUUUUAGUUCAUUGCAGCAUGGGGUUCGGCAUUUGUCACUUGACCAUGUCAGUAAUAAUACCAUUGCAAUCAUGAAGGAAAUUUUAGCUCCUCGGCCCCGCACGAUAUUAGUCCAAAGUGAGUGGUGGUUUGAGACUCGGUAUGGGACUUCUCUGAGUGUGGCCAAGUCAAAAUUCAUGUCAUUGCGAGCAUUGAAGACAUACUCAAUCAUAACACAAAUGACAAACUUGAAGCAUCUUCGCUAUCUAGAUUGUUCUUGUUCAGCUAUAUCUUCACUUCCUGAAGCCACUACAAUGUUAUAUAACUUGCAAACACUGAAGCUCAUUCAAUGUACAAAACUCAUGAAAUUACCAGAAGGCAUGAGAUAUAUGAUCAAUCUUCGGCACAUCUUCCUCCUUGGGUGUCAUCGUUUGGAGCGCAUGCCACAAGGUAUUGGUCAGCUGAAUUCUCUACAGACAUUGACAAAUUAUGUCUGUGAUAGUGAUGUAGGUUGUGGAAUUGAUCAACUGAAAGAUUUGAAUCUUAGUGGUGCUCUUUCUUUGACUAAGUUGAGAAAAGUGCAUAGUGCAGAAAAUGCAAAACAAAGCAAUAUGUCCGCUAAGCAUAAUGUGAACCGAUUGUCACUUGAUUGGGAAAAUGGACCUUCUUAUAGCACACAAGAUGGGUAUGAGGUAGAUGCCAAUGCAGAAGGAAUAUUAGAGGCCCUUUGUCCUCAUGAAAGAAUUGAAGCUUUAAUGUUAUCUAAUUAUAGAGGUGCAAAAUUGUCAUCAUGGAUGCACAACUCUGUACUGUUGGAACAUCUUAGUGAACUUUAUCUGAGUAGCUGCAAGAACUGCAAGGAUCUCCCCCCAUUAUAUAAAUGUCCCUCCCUCAGGUACUUGAGUUUGAAAGGUUUUCAUAAUUUGACACGUAUAUGUGUUGGUGAUGAUGAUACAGACAGUGGGCAAUCAUGUACUUCUCUACCACCCUUCUUUCCUAAAUUGGAAUAUAUGAAGCUUUCCAACAUGCCUAAGCUAGAGAGAUGGCACAUAGAGGUGCCUGGACAAGCAGCGGUUGUAUCACUCCCUCAGCUCAAGAAGCUAGAAAUUAUUGAAUGCCCAAUGCUACGAAGCAUGCCCAAGAUGCUCCCUCUGCUUGAAGAUCUACUGAUAAAGUGGGCAAUCGCCAUUCCCGUGUACCAUUUAAUUAAUCUGUCCAUGCAAUCUAAUCUUGAGUGCAAGGGCGUCAUUUCAGUGGAAGCUACAGUUGGUUGGAAGCCCAACGAACUUCAUUUCUCGAGGCUUGGUGACUCAUAUGUGACACUGAAACUCAAAGGUUUGAAGGACACUGUAGAGCGCUUUGAAGAGAAGCUGAAAAGAGUACCUUCCAGAUUUAUUAAGAACUUGGAUAUAGUAGAUUGCAAAUGUCUUUUCUCAUCUGAACAAUCUCAAAGACAGCUCAAUAUAUGGAACCAUUUUGGUUUUGUUAAAACAAUCUGGAUUAGAGGCAGCAAUGAUAUAGUACAAUGGCCAGUGGUAGAACUUGGAAAUUUGAAUCAUCUUGGAGAUCUACACUUGAUUAGUUGUUCCAACUUAACUGGUUCACUUCCAUCAAGAAUAUCCGAUGACGAAAAUGUCUUGCUUCCUCAACUCCAGUAUCUUGACAUUAUUGACUGCAAGAAUUUGGUGGAGGUACCAAAGUUGCCUGCAUCUCUUGAAAUAUUGCGCAUCCGUUCUUGUCCCAAGCUGGUGUCCAUGCCAACAAUUCUUGGGAAUGUGAAAAAAUUGAGAGAGCUCACUCUGAGUGGGUGUAACGCGCUGGUGGCAUUUCCAGAUGGAAUGUAUGGAGUCACUGCACUCAGGAUGUUGAAGAUGGUGUGGUGCCCAAGGGUAGAGACACUACCGGAGGGACUGCUGCAGCAGCUCCCUGCCCUCGAGGACCUAUGGAUCAUGGGCUGCCCCCAUUUAGAGGGAGCCUUCUCAAGAGGAGGCGCUUACCAGGAUUUGGUUAAGGCUAAAGUAAUUCGAGAGGCAAGACUUGGCGGUGAGCUUGAAAUUCACAUUAGCUCACAUUGA